AAGAGUGCUGAUGAUAAUUAUUAUGGCUUUAGGAACAAUGGCAAUAUGGUACCGAGACACUCGUGUUACACUGUGUUACGAGUAAAGUAGAGCUACAAGAGGGAUCCGUUUCGGGUGGUCCGGUCUGUUUGUAGUUUGUACAGUACUGAUUAGUGUUCUGCAUGAAUAAUUACUCGUUGCAUGUGAUUUGCCAAUGCCAGCUUGCAGUGGGACAGUUUGGAGAAAGGCUCUAGCAACUGUUCGUAGUCGGAAAUAUCAUGGCGCUAAUGUCACUUGUCAGAUAGGACCUCAGUCAGUGCGAUGGAGUCUGAAGAAGGGACAAGAAGUGGGGUAGAUCCUCAAGGAAAACACUAUCUUCUUUAUUGGGCAUUCAUCUUCCUUGGAGCGGUGUUCGUGUUGCCCUACAAUGCAUUCGUCUCAGCAGUUGACUAUCUAUCCUUCACAUUUCCCGAUCGCAAUAGUGAAGCAGUGCUGCCCGCAGUGAAUCUUUGUGUGGCUGUGCUGACAAUCCUGGGGAGUGUUGUACUGGCUAGGAUCAGCGAGACACACUUCCGCAUACGCAUUGGUUUCGCUGCGUUCAUCCUCUCUCUGGGUUUGGUGAUCGUGAUCGUGGCAGUGGUGUCUGGCUGUGGCAGCUCUGCAGCAUUCGCUGGCAUACUGAUGGCAGAUGUUGGAGUUGCAUUUGCAGCUGGAGUACAGCAGGCGAGUGUGUACGGAUUGUCGAGUAUGCUACCCAUUGCGUACUCACAGGCUGUAAUGACCGGAGAAAGUGUGGCUGGCUCGAUAGAGUCCACAACGCGUAUCAUUACCAAAGCUAUUGGGAACGAUAAGCUACAGGCAAGCACACUUGUGUACUUCUCGGUGACCAUGGCAGUGUUGCUGUUUGGCAUUCUUGUACAUCUCUACGUGAAGAAUCAUCGUCUUGUUCACCAUUACUACCAGUGUGGCGGCAGUAGUAGUAGUAGUGGCAGUGACAGUCGGGACAGUGGGGAUGGUGGUGUGGACGCAGUGCAGGGACACGCUGAUAACAGUGCACCAGCGAAUGGAAUAUGCGGAACGCCGUAUAACCCCUAUGGCGACGGAGAGAGUUCCAGUGCAGGUGAACUAGAGAGCGAAGGUGUGGUGAAGGGAUCAGCUGUGUUAAGCAGCAAGCACACUUCAUUCGCAGAGAAUGGUGGACAAGUCGCUAAUACAGCUGAUGGAAGUAACCAUGACAACAGAAAUGCCAUCAUCAAUAGUGAUGCUAUUAUAGCAGAUGAUGAUGAUAGUAUUUAUGAUGAUGAUGAUGAUGAACGGGCUCUUAUUUCUCCUUCACCAAGUGGAACUAGCCACCGCUCUGGACUGUCAACACAGUGGGUGAUUAGUUGGCAGAGUGUCAAGGAUGGAGUGAAGACACGGUGGAGGAUUACCAAGCUCAUUUGGAAGUGGGCGCUGGCAAUCUUUCUGAACCAAGGAAUGACACUGCUGAUGUUUCCGGGUCUCUUUGUCAAGGUUCCAUGGCAUAACAUUGGUGACUGGACGCCUGUCAUUCUCAUUGCCGUCUUCAAUUACUGUGAUUUACUCGGCAAGGCUACUGGGCCAUACAUCAGCCCUUAUCUGACGGGAGGUAGGCUACUUGCUAUGGUCGGCGUUCGCUCUGUACUUGUACCACUCGUACUGCUGUGUAUACUGCCAUGCUCAUCGCCAUACCUGGACCCUGGCAGUUCAGAGAUAGCAUUCGUACUGGUCACGAUUGUUGGAUUCACAGCUGGAGCGUUUGGAACCUUAGCUAUGAGCAGAGGCCCUAAGGAUAUUUCUUCUCAUCGUGAUCAAGAAUUGGCUGGUAUGAUCAUGGUCUUCUCAUGUCUCUUGGGACUAUCCACUGGGUCCGUCAUUGCACUAGGAAUCUCAGAAGGAAUCCCCUGUGUGAGAACGUCAUGCAAACCCAUGAGCAAUGCUUCCUCAUGGACAGCAAACAUGACAACCACUAGCAUGUCCACUACACAACCUUCACACUUGCUCAUCACAACAGUUAAUGCAACAAUGCUCCCGACGACAGCUGGAGAGACGUGCUCGCCGACUUGUCUCGACUCUGUGGUUCCAUAAGCCGAUGCAGAUCACCUGCAUCUAGAAGCCUGUUUCUUGACUAUUGUCUCUCUAGAUGAAGACUCAGUUAUUGUUGAUCAUUGUCCUCAACUUUCUAUUUCUUUGCUCAGAUUUUUAAUUUUAUUACUCAUGCACAACCUAGAGGUCCACGCUACACUUCAGUCUGCUGCGUAGUGAUCUGCUUGAAACCAUGCGUGCUUGACCAUACUACAGUGUAGUAUUCAUGAUGUAAGUGCGCGGCAUGAGCAUCAGUGGUCUUAGAAAUCUGAUCGGGUGAACCUCGUGUCGUUUUCUGUCCAUUCUUGGCAGUUGUCCCUUUCCCCUUUGACAAUUUCUGUAAAUGGUGGAUAGUAGCAUUAUGCCUAUACAUGCAGUCCCAUAUGGAAGUGUUUUUUUUUACAUGGCACGUGCUGUGGGUGACGUUUGUUUACAAGUUCUUCCCCAAUAAGUACUAGUAAUUAGCACCUCUAACUACUUCAGUCCUAUUAUCCAAGUUUUUAAGUUUAAAAUAUUCCCUUGGCUCACCAACUGAGUUCUAAUUUAUAAAAUAAAAUGAAGAAAUUUCA